ACACGCCAGCUGCUGUCGUCUCUGCAGUUGGGGCGAAGGAUCACGUGCGUCGCUUCGUGAGAAUGGUUUCUUGCUUCUCACUCACGUAAUUUGUGCUUCAGGCCCCUCUCUCUCUCUCUCUCUCGCUCUCUCUCUGCUGUACUUCCGGUUGCGUUUGAUGGAGUAUUAUGAGGCGAUGAGCUCUCGGCGCGUGCAUUAAUGGCCCCGCGGAAGCCAGCACACGUAGCUGCCUCGAUUUCGUCGGUCGUGGCCAACGAUCUCUGCAUUUAAACGUCAGCGAAGGAGCCAAUGAGCUGUUAGCACGUUUGGUCGGUCGAUUUAUUAGCUUUGGACCUUGCUCGAUCAGUUCGCUCCUCCUCCUCCUCCUGUUCAUCCUCUCCGCCUGAUCCUCUUCUUCCGGCGAUCAGUUGCAUGAAGGUUGACGAGUGAGAUGGAAGAGAGUUUGGAGGAAUCGAAUGUAGGGUGUGGAGGAAGCGCGAAGGCGGAAAGGAAGAAGCAGAGUGUGAGGACGGCUGCGGCGGCGCCGCUGAGUUGCCCGCGGUGCGAGUCCACCAACACCAAGUUCUGCUACUAUAACAACUACAGCAAGCUGCAGCCGCGGCACUACUGCCGGGCCUGCCGCCGGCACUGGACCGACGGCGGCACGCUCCGGGACGUGCCCGUCGGCGGCAGCCAGAAGGGCAAGCGCGGAAGCCGAGGGGACAAGCACGCCGACGUCGUCGCGGGCGGCGCUGAGUCGCCCUUGACGCCGCCCGAGGCGCGGGAGGACAACUACAGUAGGAGCGGCGGCACUAGCACGGCGGGCGGCGGUUCCUUCUCGUCCUUGGUCUACGAUCAAGCAGGGCAACACGACGGCUUCCCCGGCGACGACGACGACGGCCUCUUCGCGACGGCGAGAGGGACGAGACAUCCGUCCCCGGCGAGCGACUUGAGCCACUGGGACGAUAUCAUCGACCUCGUCACCCUGGAACUUAAGCCGCCGCCGCCGCCGCCGACCUCCGAACGAGUCGAUCACACUUUGACUUACUGAUCCAUAAAACAGCAUGUCCUCUCUUUUAUGUACGCUGGAUUUUGUUAACAGAGGUUGGAUUUUACUGGUCUAAUGAUCGAAGCUAUCUAGUAACCUCCUUUGUUCUUAUUUACACGAUUCUUUAUUGCUUCA